AGGACUGGCAACAUCUGCGUAUGGAUUCGUAAUGACGUAACGCCGGUUGCUACAACAGCUUACGGGAUUACCUGGCGAACACCGGCUUGUUUGAAAACUCAGAAGAAAAAAUCAUGUGGAUACAUCUUUGAUUGGAAAGUGAAUUUUUUUGCGUGAUGCCGUUCCGCAAGUGGAAUGUGGAGCCGGUGUUCCUAUGCCGAAAACCCCUGCCCCCCGACAAGAGUGAACCUUGCAAUUUUUAUCCUAUUACGAAUACAGCGCUGGUGAAUUGUUUGCGGCAACUGUCAUCCGUUGCCAAAAUUGCAAAUAAAAUUUUCGAAGAAAUCGGAUGCGAAUGUCGUUUGCUAGCUGAACGAUCGGAACGCUUAAAGGAUAAAAUUACUACCUGCGAAGAAAUUGUUAGCAAACUGAAUGCUAAAGCCGUCCAAGUCCCCCGAUCCGAUUUGAGCGAAACCGCUCGACGUCUCCGCCGAGAGAAGCCUUACGCCACCAAAUAUGAGCAGACGACUCAGCUGUUUCUGCCAUCGACGCGUCCACCCUGUGUUGACCGGUUGUACAAUGAGGCGUGCGUCACCCCUGUCGCCGUCAUGUGUACCAUCGACCGGUACAGGACGGAUGGACUCAGCUCGUCGGAACUCUUCAUGGUCACCCCCAUACUGGGAGGGACCCGGAAGAAGCGACGUAAGCUGCUCGAUAUCGAAACCAGGAAGCCUGCCAACUUCAGUCUUGCCGAAAAAGUUCAAGAUCGCUUGGAGUGUGGCACGUCUUCUCUCCCUCCUCUGGUGUCGCCAUCUAGGGGCUAUAUUUUAAAACAAAACGAGAGCUUGGAAUUGGAGCGUCUUCCCUCGCCUGAAGAGCAGGCCAUGCUUCUUUCCCUGGAAUACCCUUCGGUCGUCGUACCUGUUGACACAAGUGAGACCAGCUUCAACAGAAUGUCCUUGCUCAGGAGGUCAUUAUUACAUAUGGACUUUGUGAUUAAGCGCAAAAAGACCAAGAAGCGGUCGAAGCGUCGACACACCUUUUGUGAAGGAGACACCAGGGAGCUAGAUCAAGCCAUUCGGAAUGUAACCAACUCCUCGUGCCAGACAGAUGACUUCCUGGACGUCACCUCUGUCUCCUCCUCGUCCAUCCAUAACAAGUCCACCCUCUCCAAGAGGAGAUCCCGGUCUGUGCAGGACACCUCCUCUCGCAGGCGAGACCUGGACCUGGAUUCGCUGAAGCAGGACUCUGCGAAAGAUUCGGCCACGGAAGAUGACAAGGAGAAGUCACCAGCGAAGACUUCCAAUGGGACCGUGAAAAAGUCCCUGCGUUCUCGUGCCUACUCCUCUCUGACGGCCGCCAUUUCUAUCGCGGCGGUCAAGAUGCGCAAUUCAACUCGCGGACCCAAGCAGGACGAUGGACGCUCGUCCAGUGGCAAUUGGAGUGCCAGCAGCAGCACCAGGGCUUCCGUCGACUCUUCAGACCCGACUUCUCCCUCCAGGAAUUCGGUGGGCAAAGACUCCUUGCUAUCCUCGGAACAGCACGAUAGGUCCAAGGAUGACAUCCUGCCCAUCCAGUCUCUUACCAGCUCUCCCGUCAAAAAGAAAAAGUUCGGAAAUACCGGACUCUCUUGGGAAGUAAACAACAAUAAUAGAAGUUCUUCUAACACCCCUACACCAGAAUUCGCCUCCCUUGGCUCAUCCAGCACUCCCUUAGUUCGUUCCCCCUACGCUGGACGGCGCACAGGUGUCAGCGAUGACGGAGAUUCGUCUGUCUACUCUGUGGACACAGAUGGUUAUUACACCUCCAUGCACACGGAUAGUGGACUGUGGAGCAAUCCACUUACCAAUCUCAAACCAGAGGAUGUCUUGGCCGAUUUGGCGAAUUUCAGGCAGCGCCAAGGAUCUCACAGUUCGGAAAACAGCAUUGACAAUAGCAGCAUCAACAGCUUUCUCUCCAAAUCUGCUACGGAGUGUUCUUCUAACAGCGAUAGUGUCAAAGGUGUGCCACCUGGACCUCCACCUCCACCUAGAGUUUCUAGUUCUAGAACGGAUGGCACGGACACCAAAGUUCUAGAUUCUGUGAUUCAAAAAUUAGAACUGGAGUUGGAAGACAGCGAUAAGUCUUACUCCCCUCACCCACCGAAUGGUUCUGCUUCUGAAUCUGAACAUGAGGUGAGGGACAGGAUUCGGGUCAAGACAGAAAUCAAUCCCACUCGGUAUCCAUCUAUGUGUGCAGUGUCUCCCGAAACGAGUGAUGACGAAAUUGCCGAUUGGAAGCGACGGACUAUUGUUCCAAAUCUCAAUGUCGUUAUUGCUGAAGUUCACAGAGAGGAUCGGUUGUGUGAUAAUGUUUCUGAGACUGAAGAACAAUCCAAAGACAAAAAGACUGAAGAUGUUCAAGAAGUUCCUAAGUCUAGUUAUCCAUCCAUUAACAUGUACAGGAGUGAAACUCCCGUGCCAUCCAGUUUUUCGUCGUCAAUUUCUAGCAGUCAGCCCAUUGAUUCUUCCACGCCACGAUCUGGUAUUAAUGUUACCACUUUUUCGCCAGAAGGCAAUGAUACCAUUAAUCCAAAUUUAAAGACUGGAUCUUAUCAGCCGAGGAGUAACCUGUUUGAACCCAGCCCCGUUCCAAAAGAGAUUGUGGUCAUCGACAAGCCAGUUUCACCAAUACUGAAAUCAGAUAAAUCUCUAAUUCCUUUGAAAUAUGCCCAGCGAAUUACAGUUACUCCUAUAGCUCGGAGUGAUUCCUCUUCUAGUUGUACUGGAACCAUUAAAAGAAAUCCGCUCAAACCAAUAUCUUCGAGUGACAGCAAAACCGAAAAAUCCACUAAAUCGGAUGGUAGUCCAUCGUAUGUUUCAUUUAAAGCACCCGAUUCUCCUGUUUCUUCCGUCAGUAGUUUAAAAGUAGCCAGUCCGGAAGGAAAACUGUCUAGCCCUACAAGUUCCUUACCUCGUCCUGUCGCUCGUGUGACGUUGGAUCCCACAGGUAAAGUGGUCUAUUCAUCGAAUUCUUUAGAAAGACCCAGCAGCGCAAAUUCUAAUUCGAACAGCUUGGAAAGGCGGACCUAUGCUACGCUACCCAUGUAUCAAGCUAACAGUUCUACCAACCGAAUAGAAGCUCCUCAAAAAGAAGUACAAAAUAGUGAUUUGAAAACUAGUGAUAUAAGGGAUGGUUGUGAUGAUGAUUCUUCCUCCAACAGAAAUUUAGUACAAGUACCACAGAAUUCAACUGCACCCAUCACUCCUCCACCGCAGCCUUCUUCUCCUUCACAGAACCAGUUUUCUUCUUUCAAAUCUUCUGGAACCAGCCGAUCUGAAGAUUUUACCUUCCGACCAUCUAGAGGUGGUCGCUUUUGCCGAUCUUAUUUCCCAUCUCAUCUGCUUUCAUCAACAACAUCGCGAAAUAAUCAACAAUCUCCUUCUUCACCAUCAUCUUCACCUGUGUUACAGGAACAGAAAUUCACUUCGAAGCCUGCUUAUGAAUAUUCUGCUGGUCGGAAUUACUCAAGGACGAAUUCUCAGAUACCUUCCUAUCAAAGAAAUACUAAUCCUCCCCAGUCACCAACACCAUAUAGCCCAAUUUCAUCACGUUAUGUGCCAAAAUCCCAAAACAGUACUACACAAGGUAACCAAUCUGUACAUACUCCAACAAAUUCACCCGUAUGGCCAAAUAGAAUAAAUUCUCCUGCAACAAACAAUAGGUAUUCAACAUCCUCUCCCAGAAUCCAAUCACUGACACAAAAGCCAGCCCCUGUUUCUCUUAAUUACAGGCCUUUGACAUCUUUAAGUCCACCAGAUCUUAUACCUGCAGGUGAAUCUCCGCCAUCCACUUUGGACAUAACAUCACCUGCUUCUACUCACCGAAGAUUCAUUCAAGAAGAUAAAAAGAGCUAUUCUGAAAACUCCAAGAGUCCAUCUCACUCGAGCCCUCAGUCCUCUGUCAAUGAUAAAACAAACUUGAAAUCUUUGUCCGCCAACGAACUUUUCGCCAUCAUUCACAGCUCCAAGAAGAAGCACAACAUCAAAAGUGAAUCAGAGAUAUCCAUGUCACCAAUGUCCUCCAGAUCUGUUUCGCCUGCGCUUAGUCAGAGCUCACUGUCCAAGAUCCAGCCUGUUGAAACGGGAGUGUUGUCCAGGCGGUAUGAUAAUUCUCCAGACAGAUCCAAAUGGUGCAAUAGCAUGCCAUCUACUCCAAAAUCCAUGGCAUCAGAUAAGUUGGGUACAUCAAAACCCACAAGUAUGCAUGAUUUCAAGAUGCUGCUUCUUCAAACUAGAACAGGAAGUAAUGAUAGCAGUCCUAGGCCUUCAGCUGCGGAGUUAUUGAAAGUUUCGCCGCCAAAAUCCACGCCAAGUACUAACACUAACACUUCCAAGGUGCCAGUGCCUUCAUCCACAUUCAAACCUCCAAAUCCUAUUGGCACUUAUUCACCAGGCCAUGGGACUGUGCCUAUGAAGCGAAAUGCGAGGACACGAUCUCCUUAUCUCACCAGAUAUGAUUCAGCUUAUCCGCCCAUCAUAGAAGACUGCUCUGAAGAAAUGGAAGAGAGCUUGUGCCUUGAAUCAAAUCCUUUGCCUUACAAAGCUCCAAUGAUAACUCGAAAUCUUCCACAGUCUUCCACACCCGUUGCCAAGGCAACUAGCACGUGGGUUUAGUGGUUACUUUUUCUUUUCAGACUAGUGUGUGUUCAUGUAGAAAAACUGUUAAAACAAGUUUUGUAAUUAAUAUAUUGUAAAAAGAGAUGAAAGACUACUUUUUUUGUGUUUUUAGGGAUAUUUUAGAGUGAGGUGCUUUUUGAAGAAAUCAAAAACAAUGUGGACACAGGGGGGGGGAGAGAAAAAAAAAGGUUGUGAUUUUUUUUUAACUUAGCAUUUUAAAUACUUUCACAAUGCAUUUAUUUGUGUCAUAAUAAUAUUAUAAAAUGCACAGAAAUAUCUCUUCUAAAAUUAAUUUUUUCCCUCAUAUCUUUGAAAACAAAAUGUUUACUCAUUCUUUUCUGAAAAAAUACUCUUUUAACUCUAUAACUCUCUUUUAAUUUCUAAGUGACUAAUUUAUGGUACAAAUAUCCGGAUUGCCUAAAACAGUCUGAGUUAUACAAAGAUCAUUUUAAUUGUGAGCUUGUAUAUUUGGAUAUUAAUUUCUGAAUCAAAAGUAGUUUAAACCUGAGAAUCACUUUUUAUUCUGAAUAUUUAAAAGUAAAACAUCCAAAAUAGAAUGAUAAAAUAUUUAUUUUUGAUUAUUCAAAUUUUGUAUAGUAUUUUAUAACAUAUAUUUGAAAACUUCCUUCAUUUCUGUAUGUGAAUAUUUUUCACAUUAUUUUCUUCCAAUUUUAGAUUAUUAUUAAAACUAAUUUCAAAAAAUAAUUCAACAUUUACAACACAUCCAUGUACAAUUACACAUUUUUACUUAUUAUAUCUAAAAAUGUACAUGCUGAUUACAAGACUCCUUUUUCCACUUUCUUGAAUGCCUUUGUCAUUACAUUUUUUUGAAAUUUGAGAAUUUUUUGCCUUUUAAUAAAUUUGUCAUCCUAGAGAAAAGUCGCAUGAGAAAUCAGUAUUUUCCCAUUGAUUGCCAAGCUUCAAUAUUUGCUUAAAAUUAGCCAAAGUGUGUACAAGUGAAUUAUAUACAGCAAUCUUUCGUUGUAAAGAAGAUAUUGGUGUAUAUUUUGGUUGCAACUAAAUGGAAUAAACUUCUCAAAAAUUCUGAUUAGAUUGAUAAAUAGAUAUUAGAUUGAUUAUUUCAAAGACUGAUGAAUUGUCAACUUUAAUCAAAAUGAACAGCAUUUGUUAUUUAAAUAUAAUUAUAUGCUCUUGUGAACAUAUAAUAUAGUAGGGAAAGGUGGGAGAUGGUAGUUGUUAAAAACAAAGUACAAAAUCGUGUGCAGUAUUAUUAAAUAAAUGAAUAUUCUUUAUAGAAACUAUUUUUAUUCAGAUGUUGAUAAAACUUUUAGAAUGAAUAUAUCUAUAUAUAAACAAAAUAAAAUGCAAAAAAAGCAAGAUUUCAGCUUUAUCAGAGUUAUGCAAAAGCAUAAAAAUAAGUGUCAUUUCUUCAAUCAUUAGUAUUAAAUGAAAAUAUAAAACCAACAUCUUUUUUAUGAAUAAAAUAUUUAUACCUUUUCCAGAUAUUUUUUAAAAAUAAAUUUGUUUGAAUUUCAUAUUUGUGUACAGAAAUAUUGGUUGAAAGAUAACAAAUGUUUUGUGAAGGUUUUUUUUAAUCCUUGUCUUUUUGAUAACAUUUUCAUGAUCUUUGCUCAGAUGUCUAGAAAAGUGUUAUGCUUGAUUUUCGAAUUGUGCUUGCACUCACAUUCCUUAUUUAUUAUGCUUAAUAAACAUUAUUAUUAGUUUA